UACGGGCUUCGGGGCCUCCCCGGGCUGCGGCGGGCGGCGGCUGGCAGCCGGGGACGCGGCAAGGGUGAAGGUGAAGGCUCACCAUGGCUGCAGUGUGGCUCAUCACCUGGGCGCUGCUCCUGGCUGACAGGGUCUCCACCAUGGCUCAGGAGACACUGUCCCCAGAUGAGACAUCACAGCAGGGCAGGAUACCCCUGCACGUCCCGUCCUGGGGGCACCUGGGGACACCUCCAGCCUGGGACGCAUCGGGGGAGCUGAGUGGUGCUGGGAACAUCGAGAGUGAGCACUGGAGAGGUGGCAGCCCUGUGCGCUGGUCUCAACUGCCACAGCUGGGCACUGUUACCAGGACACCUCGGGUGACAGGGGCAAGCCUGGCAGGUGACACAACCCUGGCUGUGGUAGAGGAGUCCUUCAUUACCUGGCAAGGACGAGAGGCCGAAGGCCAGGACAGCCCUAGGGGGAAGACAGAGCUGCCUCACAGCUCCACACCAGAGAUGCUUUCCCCCAGGUGCCCCUGGACACGGGGCCACCCUGGGCAGGUCAGGGGACACUCCCAUCUGAGCAGAGUGCAUCCCUGCCAGCCAGCACUCCCAGCCCUCAGCCAACCAUGUCCACCAUUGCCCUGACCCCAGAGCCGGCAAUGGGGACCGGAGCGGUCACAGCAGCCACGCACACUUGGGGACAGCCAGCAGCUGCGGGCAGCAGCAAGCAGGAAUUAUGGGGUCACCUCAGCACUGCUCCUGCCUCCACCCUGGGGGAGCACAGAGCCCCAUUCCGUGGACUGUCACCCAAGAUGGCACAGGAGGUGAGGGCUGAGACCUGGACCCGCCUGCUGUCUGCCCAUCAGAGGAGCACACGCAGAGCCCCACUCAGCAAUGCCACCACCGAGGAUGUGGCACCUGCCAGGUCAACAAGACUGCGGGACCCCCAGCCCACCCUCAGCACCAGCAUCACACCGCCGCCCAUCUCCAGCACGUCCCCCCCCGGCAUUCCUUAUACAGGGCUGCUCCCUGAGCAAGAUGUCGGCUCCCCGCAGCGAGUCCGGGGCGCUGUGGGGCAUGGCAGCAUCCCCAAUGCCACCGAGGUUACCGUGCCCACAGUGCGCCCCACAGCAGGAACACCAUCCAGCACCAGGCGCUCAGACGCCGCAGGGACACAGCCCCCUGCCGCCAGCAGCACCGCAGUGCCCUCAGCCACGUGGCGGCAGGGAGUGGUACGGGUGACGACGCAGCGCGCCCCAUGGCGUCCCAUGAAGCCGGAGCCCAGCAAGCCCCCCACGGAGCCCAGCAUCUGUACGGGGGCUUCGUGUACUGCUGGGAGCUCCAACACGACAGCAGCGGGCUGGGCUGAGCUACGCCGUCCCCUUCGCGUCGCCUGGGCCGUGCACGCCUACGUGGGGGCCGCGCUGUGCCUGCUGCUGGCGCUGGGCUGCAUAGCGGGGCUGGGGGGAACCAUCCUGCAGCGCCCACCCCACUGCGCCCUACUGCUGGGCACCGCGGGGCUGCUGCUGGCCGCCAGCCUGCUGCGGGGCACCUUCCUGCUGCUGGAUCCCUAUGGGGCGCGGGGCCGGCUGCCGCACCGCUGCGUGCUGCUGCUCUGCUCCGUGCCCUUCACGCUGCUGCUGGCAGCCUUCGCUCUGCUGCUGGGCCACAUCUCCAAGAGCCUCAUCCGCAACCCGGCCGAGCAGCUCCCGCUGCGGGCGCUGAAGGACAGCAACGCGGCCGCGGCUGCGGGGACACCGGGCCUCAGCCCCAAGUGCCCCAACGUGGCGGUGGCAGCCAUCCGCGAGCACGGCUCCUCGGCCUCGCUGGGGGAACUGGUCUUCCGCCCGCCGUCCCCCAUCGACCUGCGGCGCAGCAUCGACCAGGCGCUGUGCCGCCGGCACCUGCUGCGUGAGGGGCUGUUCGGGCGGCCGCGCCGCGGCUCCGGGGCCUCCAUCCGCACCUUUGAGCCCCAAGCCAGCAUGGCGCAGGUGGACGCCCGCAGCCUCUCCAGCGACACCAUUGAGCUCUGA